UGGAGAGUAACUGUUACAACUGGUGAUGAUUCUAAUGCUGCAACAUCUGCCCAAGUCACUAUUACCAUAUAUGGUCAAAAGGGUAAUUCUGGACCAAUCAAUCUAGGAAAUUCAGGUGGAAAUUAUUUUGAGAGUGGCAGUGUUGAUGAUUUUGAGAUUUUUGCGCCCGGUAUUGGUGAAAUAUAUAAAAUUCGUAUUGGACAUGAUAGUACUGGUUCAUAUCCAGCAUGGUACUGUCAAGAGGUAAGGUUAACAGAUAUAGAUACUGGAGAAGAAUUAGUAUUUCCAUGUAGAAAGUGGAUGGAUAAUGAACAAGGUGAUUUAGAGACUUGUCGUGAAAUACCAGUUUCAAGGAAAGGAGAACCUAGACUUCAAGUUGUGGUUUAUGAAGCAACUGUUACUACAGGAGACCUUUGGAACUCUGGAACUGAUGCCAAUGUUUAUAUGACUAUUUAUGGUGAUAGAGGCGAUACUGGUGUUCGACAAUUAAUACCUCAAAAACAGAAUAGUUUUAAACAGGGACAGAGUGAUACAUUUCAAAUAGAAGCUGUACAACUAGGAAGAUUAAAAAGAAUUAUAAUAGGGCAUGAUGGUACCGGACCAGGAAAUGGAUGGAAUUUAGAAAGAAUACUUGUUAAAGACCCAAUAAAAGAUGAAGUUUUUAAUUUCUAUUGUUCCAGAUGGUUAGAUGAAGGUGAAGAUGAUGGUAAAAUAGUACGUGAAAUACAAGCACAAGAGGAGUAUAUGGGUGAUAUUCUAGAAAAACGUAAUUGGGAAUCUUUAAAAUGGAAAUUUGAAAAUAAGAAUCAAGUAAAGAUAAUAUCAGAACUGACUGGGCAAUUACGGAAAAUUGCGCCUAAGGGUCUCCAUACAAUGGUAAUCAGGGGUUUUUUUUUUUAUGAAAACAAUAAAGGUAAAGGUGGAGCAUUUUGUGAAUUCCGUAUUCAUGUCCAGCAUGAUUUAACAGUUUUAUUAGAAUCUGUGAAAUAUCCUCUACAAUUUGUAACGUUUUUAGACAAUGGCAGACCUGCUGAUAGCAGAGGCGUGGUAGAUUCGGAUAGUUCUAGAAUCUUUCACAUUUAUUGUAAGGGUAUGUUUAGAAAUAGAGGUGUUAUUAUGUUCAGAACAUCUCGAACUCAGACCCUAGCUCAAGAUCCAGAAGAAGGUAUAUAUGGUACAGGAAAGGUCAAUAGAACAGCCCAUUUUAAAAUUCAUAAGAUCAGUGAAAAUGGUGUUCGUAUGUUUGAAAGUGUCAUUAAUCCAGGAAGAUACAUCAGAGUUAAAAGUGGCACUGUAGAUUGCCAGGGUGGUAGAGAUGAAGCAUCACAUUUUAUUGUCAAGAAAUAUCCAGAAAAGGGUUAUAUAACUCUAGAAUCUUGUAUACAACGUGGAUUAUAUGUUGGAUUAACCAAUGAUGGAUUUGUGAAACCUACGGUGGAUACUGGUGGUAAAAAUGUCUGUCUUUAUCCUGAAGUUAUUGAAUUAGGUAUUGACAAGUGCCUAUCUAUAUCACAGUGUAAACAAUACAAGAAUGAUCUGAUUUUAAAAAAUAUAUUUUUACUUAAAUUUUCAGAUUAUAGUUUAGACCACACCCCCUUAUCAAUAAGGAUGAGAUUAGUGGCAUUUCUAGGAAACCGGGGCUGUGACAGUGAAUUUUGUACAUGGAAGAUCACAGUUUCUACAGCUGAAUCAUUAGAAAACGGUAACGUAAGUCUGGUUGCCUAUGGUGACAAGGGUAAUACAGGACCUAUAUCAUUGGCUGCUCCUACACAAAAUGGUCCAAUAUUUCAAAGUGGAAGUGUUGAUGAGUUUACUGCAAAUUUCUUGAAAGCUGGUAAAUUAUUUAAAGUGAGACUGGAAGUUGAAGAGAAAGAUAAGAAAUCUGAUCCAAUGUGGAAGGUACGAGAAGUCAAAAUGGAGGAUUUGAAGACGAAAGACAUAAUACGAUUGAAUUUUAACCGAUGGUUAUCACCGAUACAUGAUGAUGGUUCAUUAGCUAGAGAACUUCCUAUUGAACAUAAAGGAGAAAAACCAUUAUCAGUUAUUAAGUAUAUGGUAAUAGUACAAACUGGUAAAGACCGGGGAGCUGCUACAGCUGCUAAUGUUUAUAUCAAUUUAUUUGGUGAAAAUGGUGAUUGUGGUAAAAGAUUUUUGAUCCAAUCAGAUAACAAACGAAAAUUUGUUGCUGGACAGGUAAGAUUUAUUGUUGGUAAUGACUAUAUAUAUUGUUAA